GCUAUGGUGCCACCUGGAAAGAAGCCCGCCGGGGAAACGUCCAAUUCGAAUAAGAAGUGCAAGAGGUAUUUCAACGAGCGCUGGAAGGAAGAGUUUGCCUGGCUGGAGUUCGACUACAAACAGAAGACCAUGUUUUGCAUCGAGUGCCGCCAGGCCCUCGUGAGAAACAAGCACGGCAAGGCCGAGAACGCUUUCACGGUGGGCACGGAUAACUUCCAGCGCCAUGCCCUCCUGCGCCACGUCACCUCCGGGGCCCACCGGCAGGCUUUGGUGGUCAACAGAGAGCAGACGGCUCGGGAGGCAAAGGCACCGUGCCGCCAAGAGCCGGGGCCGCUCGUCAAAGAGGAAGUCCCUCCCGUCAAGGUAGCGGCCCUCACCACUGUCUACUGGAUGGCGAAAGAGGAGGUCCCCGACGAGAAAUUUGCCUCCUUACUUGAGUUGCAGAAGUUCAACCUCUGUCAAGCUCUGCUGUCCUCUGACCGCGAAGGGGACUACCAGCCCGGGAGCAUCCAGGCGAUGCAGGCCGCCAUUGCCAAAGUCCUGGAUGCUGAGGACAAGCUCAGGAUGAAGUCUUCACCUUUCAUUGGUCUAGUGCUAGAUGAGACUGUAGACGCCCUGGAGAGAAGGAGGCUAGUUCUGUUUAGCACAGCCGUCCCCCUCCACGCGGGCCAGACAUCCGUCAUCUUCCUAGGCACCAUUCCACUUCCAGACAGCGAGGACUGCACAGCGCUGGACAAAACCAUCAAGGCGAUGGUCUCCUUUGGACUGCCAACCAAGAAGGUUGCGUGGCUGAACUCCGUGGGAUCCUCCCCACUGACCCACAGGCUCAGGGGUAUGGGGUCGAAGGUGAAAGGCACCUGCCCUCUGCUCACAGAGGUUCACUGCCUUUCUCACCACUGGAGCAGUCCUCUGAGAGGAGCAAAGGACACCUUCGAAGCAGAGUGCGUACAGAAGUACGAGGCUAUGAUGGAUUCCAUCGGCAGGCUCUCUGUCAGCUUCACUGAAGAGAACAGUCACCUCAGAGAGCUGCAGAAUGUCUUUCAGUUCUGGGAAAGGGAUACAGGAAGGCCCAACACUGUCCGCUGGAGCGCCAUCUUACCAGCUGUGGAGGCUGUUGAUUCCUCUUGGCCAGCCUUGUUAUUUCAUCUGGAGAGCGAGUCGGAGAGCUCUCCAACGGCACUGGGCGUCUAUGAAGAACUGAAGAAGUUCUACUUUGUAGCCUUCACUAAAGUACUUCUGGAUACUCUUCCUGUCCUCCAGACGCUAAAUAAGUUCUUCCUCAUGGAAGAUGCUGACCUUUCCAACUUGAAACCCAUCCUCUCUGCCGCCAUCGUCAACCUCCAAAUCCAGAAGAACCUCAACGGCCAGAACUUCCAAGUGUUCCUUAAUGACCUCGUUGAGCAUCCUUGCGAGAACCGUAAAGACGUAGAGAGCAGGUUCUUCUACAAAGGGGUGGAACUAGCCGACUGUUCCAAGAUGCACAUGAAGAAGUUCGAGCAUUUCAAGAAGACUUACCUGGAGAGUAUCCGAUGCCAUCUCCAGAACAGAUUCCCUAGCCGGUCUCUGGAAGUGGUCAGUUCUUUGUCUGCCAUCUUUAACCCCAAGUGCUAUCCCCAGUCGUUAGAAGAGAUUGGAAGCUAUGGGGUGGAUGAGCUGAAUUUCCUUUUGCAGGCAUAUUCCAGCGUGGUGGUAAGUGAGCGGGCAAUAGAUGACUUCCCCUUCUUCAAGCGGAUAGUGUUCAACCUCCGCCAGCUCUCCUACAAGGAUCUGUGUGCUAAGCUGGUCUGUGAGAACUCUGAGAUGCAGCAGUUGUUUCCAGACUUUGCCAUCCUGGCUGCUAUCACUUUCGUGAUGCCUUUCGGCUCUGCACUCAGAGAGAAAAUCAACCGCGCACGGGAGCUCCUGAAACAGCGCUGGUGGAGUUACAGAAAGGAAGACCGAGGCUUGUCCAGCGCCAUGAAAAUUGCCCUCAAUGGACCAGCUCUCGAGGAGUUUGAUUUUGCCUUGGCUGUUGAAUAUUGUGAAAGCAACACUUGAAAUGACGCAGGUCAAAUUAGCUUGAGAGAGGAGCAUU